AUGACGCCUCCCGAUGAAGCGUUUCACUUUCGCGGAAAGACUUUGACUCCGGAAAGCCCUCGACCGCUGCAUAUCCCGGAGCCAGCCAACAUCCCCGUCUUGGAGAAUCAAAUGGACCCCGUCUUCAACGACACUUCAACUUACGAACGUUCGGUGUAUAACCAGGUGCAAACACAUGAUGGGUGGCACGAGAAUCUGAAUGGUAGAGGACCACGUCAGAACCAGAACGCAGGUAGUUUUCAUGGGCAAGACCGUGCGAUGCAGAAUGAUAUGACUAUUGCUGCGAAAUGCUACCCUCCAACCUCUGAGGCCGAGGGCUCUGGCAAUGCAGGAUACUCUCCCCCCGAUCCUUCAUACGCCCAUGCAGCGCCGGUUGCUCCGACAUCCCAAGGCUUCGCCUCCGACGAAGUAGACAGUACCAACCAACUGCCGAAUCGCCUAGAUGCUGAGAAGGAAGACGAACGCCCUAAUGCGGGCGUCAAUUUCCAGAAUCUACUCGACAAUCUCUCCCAGCCCAACUCCGGUGCAGCCGCCUCCGGCACCGGGGCCAUGCCCCUAGCUGAAAACCCGUCUUUCCACCAAGCACCCACGGACGAACCCCUCUUAACCCAGGGCCUCCCUGCCCAAACUACCCAUUAUCCCCCAAACCCUCAUUAUGCCCCCAAUGAUGAGGGGAAUUACAACCUGUUUGCCCAUGAGGCCAAUGCAGCGCCUGCCUAUACAGCCCACCCCAGUAACCCUCCCCCAAAACAGUCCCAGCCCUUCUCUAUUGCCCCUGGCACGGCUUCAUCCGUCCACAAUCUGCCUCCUCCUCCUACUGCCAGUUUCCAGACCCAGUCUGCUGCAUCCGAGUCGCAGGGAUCAUCGCAAGACCCUGCGCAGGCCCCGAAGAAAGGUCGCGUUGAUAAGCAGGGUCGGCCAAUCAAAGGCAUUGAUGAUGAUUCCCCUUGGGGCCCCGAAGUCCAAAAGAAAUACGACGAAUUCCUGCACGAUGAGCGUAUCUACGUGACAGAAGGUCUCUGGGACCGCUUCCCCAUGGGAUCAAGGUUGUUUGUUGGCAACCUUCCUACCGAGCGAGUUACCAAACGGGACAUGUUCCAUAUUUUCCACAAAUAUGGCAAACUGGCACAGAUAUCGAUCAAACAGGCCUAUGGAUUUAUACAAUUUUUAGAGGCUCCCUCUUGCCAUGCAGCUCUUGGAGUCGAGCAAGGGGCGAUCAUCUCGAAAUCUCCAAGCCUCAAAGAUCUACUCGACCUGCUCCAGCACCAGAGCCUUCCCGGGCACCCCCGCCGCGUCGCUCACGGUCGCCAGAGUUCAGCCGUGCUCCCGCACGACCUACCUCUCGAGUUCCUGGCGAUCGAUACGACCGGCCCUAUGAGCCAAGUCGAUUGCCUUUCAGCGAUUUCCGGGAUGAGCCCUCUCACCGCAGGCGCGAUGAUCGUCGUCCGCCACGAUCACCAUCCCCUCGACCCUUCCGGUCCCGAGAUGGAUAUCGGUCGCGCGAUAGAACCCCAGAAAGGUUUGAGCGACGAAGGCGUUCUCGAUCUCCACGUUCUCCCCGGUCUCCCUAUUCUAGAGACCGGCGCUAUCGCACUUCUCGUUCUGGAAGAACUCGACAGGAACUUUGUUCUUCAUGUCGAAAACGCGUUCCGCAACCGUGGUUUGCGAGUAGACGUCUUGGUUCUUGGUCCUCGCAUUCCUCUUGGUGCAGCAGUUCAUCGCCAGUUCAUCGAAGGAGUUCUUGCAGUCGUUCGCCUCUCGCGUCCCAAUCAAAUUUCCAGGAAGAUUCCUUUGCAAUUGUUUGAUCGGACCGCCGGGUUGGACAAUGUUCGCUUCCUCGACUAUCCCGAGUUGGAGCCUAAUAUGUCUGCUGAACUUCUUAGCCAUCAGGCUCAAGCCAUGCAACGAGGCGCUGCCCCAGCCGCAUUUGCACCAAAUCCUGCAUUUGGUAUUCCCACAGUGCCACCCAUGCCUAUCCCUCAGCCAGGUCUACCUGCGCUGUCGAAUCCUCCCAACAUUGCAAACCUCAUUGGCUCUCUGGAUGGCCCUAGUCUCUCGUCUCUGCUGUCAGCACUCCAGCGACCUCCUCAUUCGCAGCCUGUGUCUGCCACUCAAUCACCAUUUGCCUCUCCCAACCCACCACCUCCAGCAGAUCUCGCCAGUCUCCUGACCAACGCGAAUCGCCCUCCACCAAUUUCUACCACCCCGCAGCAACCCCUCCCUCCAUUCAAUCUCCAGCCUCCGAACCCGCCUGUCGUCACGGAUCCCAACCUACUUUCUCUCCUAGCCAAGGGUUUGGGCGGACAACAGCCGCAAGGCCAGGGACCAUCAAGUCCCCAGGUCCAGAACCUGAUGCACCAUCUGGCAAAAUGGAAGCAAUGA